CUUGUUUGGGGCGCGGGCCGGGCCCUGCCCCUCCGACCGACCGACAGACCGACCGACUGACCGACGGACGGUCUUGGCCAUGAGGAACACGAGCAAAGAAUUCUCCGGAUCCCCAAACCGCUACGCUCCUUGUGACUGGUAUUACCAUCUUCCACUGAAACGACCGGAAAAGACUUCCGACAUCACCCUGCCUCCAGCAUCCCAGAUCCCAGGCUUGAGCGACCUCGGAGAACCUCACCCUGAGAUUACGUUUCGCAGCCGUCGGAAAUGGAUAAAAGACACGGACUCAGACUACGUCAAGCUGGCGAAACAAGGAGGAAGGCCCGAUUUAUUGAAACACACUACUCCUGGAACAAGAAAAGGCUCUCCGGUAGCAUAUUCAGUGCCCGACUGGUACAUCCACCACAGCAAGCCAACGACAGUCGAUCAGACCCACUACACGGUACCUGAUUGGUAUACUCACCACAGGAAACCAUCAGCAGCUGAUCAGAGAGAAAUUCCUGUGUCCUCCAUGCCAGAUUAUAUGAUUCAUGAAGAAUUUAACCCCAAUCAAGCUAAUGGGAUUUAUGAGUCCAAAAGGGGGCCUUUUGAUUUUGAUAUGAAAACAUUUUGGCAGAGGGAAGCUGAGGAAAAUGAAAAAGAGAAAAAAAAGGUGAAACUGCCGGCCAUUAACUCAAGGUAUUCAAGAAGAAUGGUCUCUUCCACUGCUGGAACCAAGGAUAGUAAUUCGGGAAGUAAGAUUUCCUUUCCACCAAUGCCCGGUCAAAGAUCAAGCGAGCCAACAAACUUCAGUAAACUGAUUAGCAAUGGUUAUGUAGAGGGGGAUAAAAGAUCUCGGCAAACAUCCAAAAUUUCUGAGGUGACCGAAAUUUCUGAAGAAUCUCAGAGCUCGGAAAUUCCUGAAGACACUGAAAAACAUGAAGAUUCCACUAGUCCAAGUGAAGCCAUCUCUCAGUCAGGAUCAACACCAUCGGAGCUCAAAUAAAAUCUGCAGCUGCUAAACACGAUAAGCUGUAGGGAAAACAAAACAGAACAAAAAAAAUAACAUUGCCCGUGAAACACCUCUAUAGGAAGACCUUGGUUACGAUAUAUUGAUAUAAGUGCUUUAAGAAAAGGUAAUUUGGUAGUGCGAUUUGACAAUGCUGGCAUGUAUAGCAAUGUAGACAAGGUGUGUAUUCCCCUCACCCCUUUUCCCCCUUCCCUGGAAGGAUAAUAUGAGAUAACAUAAUAGGACAAACUAAAUGUUUGUCUUUUGUUCCACUUGGUCAGUUAACUGGUGAAUUUUCCCGGAUAUCACUGACAGCAAUUAUUUCUUCCUUUGCUGAGUACUAUAGGACUUCACCUGGUGUUUGUGUUUUAUAAUCACCUACAGCACAUGGUUUUGAAAAUGGAGGGGGUGUUAACUGAAAAUCUACAAGGUAUUUUUGAAAUAUUCUCCAUGGUUUUUCAUUCCUUUUAGAAAUGAUUUUGAACACCUAUGAAAGUUCUCUCUUAAAUAUUUCAUUUAAAUAUUAGAAUACUGUUGGGUAAGUGAAGCAUUUUUAUUUUGUACGCCCUUGAAGUUUCGAAGUAACAAGGAGUGUAAUGCAAGAAUAUUAUAAUGUUCACUUAGGAGAAAUUACGAUUCCAUUGUUCAUAUAUUUGAAGGUUUAGACUGUUAAAUAUUUAGCACAAGCAAAUGGCAUUGCUUGCUUUAUGGAAAAUAGUGCUUAAUUAACAUGUUGUAAUAUAGGUUCUGCCAUUCAAUCGAGAGACUUAAAAGUCAACUUCAUCACACUGAAGGUUGUCACUCAUUUCAUAAAUUGCACGUACACAGUGGUCUGUGUUAAACGGCUACCGUUAUAAAAGGGCCUUGCACAAUUAAUUUGGGGCCGUUAGAAUUCAUUAGGUUAAAUCUGAAGAAUUACAAUAUGUUUAAUCGAAAAUUUGCUUGUUUUUUGUUUCAAAAUGAACUGACUGUAAACUAUGUAUUUGUUCACCUGAAAUAAAAAUCGAA